AUGGAGUGCUUCGUUCACGGCAACAAGGACCUGCGGAUGCCGAUCGAGAUCCCCGUGGACCUGCAGCCCCUGAUGAAGGCCAAGCAGGCCCCGGGCAUCUGGCUCGAGAUGCCGUCCAGGGAGGAGGAGCCUUCGGAGUCUUGCACGCUCGUCGGCAAGGCGAAGGACCGCACUCAGAUGCUCAAGACGCUCGAGGAAAUCCAGCAGCAGCUUCGCAACCAGGAGACGGCCUCCCCGGACAUCGCGCCCGAGCACUACGGCAAGGCCGUCGGCAAGAACGGCGACCGCCUCAAGUACAUCCAAAAGAAGUACAACGUACGCGUCACCGUUCCUAAGGACGAGUCAGCCAUUACUAUCUGGGGCCACUCCGAAAGUGUUCGCGAUGCCAUCAAGGAGCUGGAGGAGCUCGUGCAGCAGGACGUGCUCAAGCAGCGCGUGUUCCUCCCGGUCAACAUCCUUCCCGAAGACAUCGGCUUCGCCAUCGGAAAGGGCGGAAGCCACGCCACCAAGGUCAACGAGCUGUUCGGCCUGGUGGUCGAGGGGCCUUUGGACGAAGCCCAGAAGGCCGUGGUCCACAUCGAGCAGUAUGUUGCCGAGAGGCACCGCCUUAAUGAGGAGCGCGCCGAGGAGCAGCGUCGCCGAGAAGAGAUGAUGGGGACGUUCCCCGUCCACGUCGAGCCCAACCAGGUCGGCAAAAUCAUCGGCAAGGGCGGUUUCCGCAUCCGUUACAUCGCCUCGAAGUUCAACGUCAAUGUCCAGCUCCCUGAGCAGAAAGACGGCGCGAUCUUGGUCUCGGGCCUGAAGGAGAACGCCGAGCUUGCCGCCACCGCGUUCGAGGUCAUGGCCACACGCAAGUUGUUGCCCGACCACGUCCUGGUGCCGCUCCGGAUCAAGCGCGAGGACAACCUCAUCGUGCUCGGCCCCGAGGGCUGCAGGGCCCCCAGGAUCGAGCGGGAUUUCGGCAUCAAGCUUGUAAGACCCAGCAUGUACAAGCCCAUGAUGGUCGAGGGUGACGUCCAGGCCGUGACCGAUGCUGUGGCCUUCAUCGAACAGAUGGUCGCCGACCGGCUUCAGGCCCUGGAGGAGGAAAAAGCCCGUCGCUACUGA